CUCUCGACUGUGAUCGCACCAUGAUUAUUUACUAUAAACUGACAUUACUGACACUGGUACUGAGCUUUCAUCAACAAGGCCAUGCGAUCAUUGGAGGUCACGAGGCUGUGCCUCACAGCAGACCAUACAUGGUGCUUUUGCAGAUGAACAGCGCUGCUGGUCAAAGAGCCCACUGUGCUGGCUUCCUUCUGAAUGAGGAUUUUGUGAUGACUGCUGCACACUGCCAAGCCGAGUCCUACAAAGUUUUUCUGGGACUUCAUAAUUAUCAUGAUCAGAAUGGUGUACAGCAUGUUAAUGUGCCUGGGAGAAAUGCAUUUCCAAUGAAAGGCUACGAUCCAGUUAAUAUUAAAAAUGAUAUGAUGCUUCUUAAGUUGAGCACCAAGGCAAAGUUGAACGACAAAGUGAAACCCAUCGCUCUUGCUGACCGUGAUGAUGGAUCUCUGCCAAAAGCAUGUGUCAUUUCUGGUUGGGGAAGCACAGAAAACAGCAAAUAUAUGUCUGUCAAAUUCCUGGAAGUAAAUGUGACCCUGACUGACAAUGAGCUGUGUGCUAACACAAACAUGUACUGCUCUGAGGGUGAGAGAGAACCUGGUCAGGGAGAUGCUGGUGGUCCAUUGGUCUGUGAAGAUGGAAAGGCAUAUGGGGUGAUAUCCGCCGGCAUACCAAACCCAGAUGGCUCAACAAUUCAGGGUUAUACUAAGAUACCUGACCACAGAGACUCCAUCAAAGAACAUAAGGGAAAGUUACAUUCUCCGACAACCGAUACAGUAACCAUCAUUCCUGUUUCUAAGGAACAUCAUAUUUGUGUUAGAGAUGCUGAUUAG